AUGCACUUGAUCGAGUUUCCUUUGUUGCCCAGCGCUUGCAUCUCCCUUUUGACUUUGGGAUUUUUUUCAGGAACAAAGUCCCAGCAAGAAAUUGCUGUCAUUCGGGGAGCAUCUGAGCUUGAAAUCCUAGCCUCUGACUCACAAACGGGAAAACUAUCCUCACUCAUUAGAAGAAGUCUUUUUGGAACCGUCAGGUCAAUCCAGCCUGUGCGACCGCUUGGCUCGUCUAAAGAUUACAUAGUCAUUGGCUCUGAUUCCGGUCGUGUUUCAAUCCUCGAGUAUGUUCCAGAGACUCGUUCUUUGGAAAUUUUGGCUCUUGAAACCUUUGGCCGAUCAGGUUGUCGCCGGGCCGUACCUGGCCAGUUCUUGAGUGUGGAUCCAAAAGGCAGAGCAUUUCUCUUGUGCGCAAUUGAGAAAAUGAAAUUCGCAUACAUCCUGAAUAGAGAUGCAACCUCAACCCUUUCGAUCUCUUCCCCGCUUGACUGCCACAAGUCGCAUACGAUGGUUCAUUUUGUAGUGGCGUUGGACGUUGGCUUUGAAAAUCCGGUCUUUUUCGCUCUUGAAUCAUUCCUGCAAGCGCCUGGACAGGACGCUCUUUCUGAAGCGGAACAAAUGUUACUUGUUCAUUAUGAGCUUGACCUUGGUCUUAAUCACAUGGUUAGAAAGUAUCAAAGGCCUGUGGAUCCAACCACCCAUCUGCUGUUGGCUUUGCCAAAUUCUUCCUCCGCAUCAUCUGGACCUGAUGGGCCUGGCGGCGUUUUGGGAUUUGCCAUUAACUCGGUAACAUGGUACUCCGAAGAUUAUAAAGUGGAUCCGUUUUCCCUCUCUCUUCCGAUGGACAAUUUGCUUGUAUGUGCCUCGUUUUUGCACAAGACCAAGUCUUCAUUUUUUGUUUUGUUUCAGCUGGAGUCUGGAGAUUUAUUUAAACUUACCCUUGAGCACCACGGGGAUACAGUGACUAGGCUUGAAGUUAGAUACUUUGAUUCAAUCAAGCUUUCGCGAUCAAUGUGUAUCCUUAGAGCUGGAUUUUUGAUAGUUGCCUCGGAACAAAGGUCAAAUGCAACAUACCAAAUCGUCGGCCUUGCAGAGGAUGAAGAGCAAAAGUGGGAUACCGAAAAUAAUUCCAAAAAUACGGUAGUUCCAAGAGCCGAACUAAAAAAUUUGUCUUUGUUAGAGGAGGAAAAUUCGCUGCUUCCAAUCACCGAUUCAAAGGUGCCAUUUUAUUUUGCUUUACCGCAUGUAGGAGAAGAUUCCCCACGAAUAGUGACCGCAGGUGGGACAGGCCCAGAUGCCUGCCUUGUUGCGCUAAGACAUGGUCUGGAGGUGUCUGAAUUGGCUGUCACCGAGCUUCCUCUUGGUAGUCCCUCUGGCGUAUGGACACUUGGAAAAAAUCCGUGUGGCGGAUAUUCAGCGCUUGGAAAAACCCGGUAUAUCAUCGUUUCUUUCCCCAACUGUACUACUGCUUUGAUUGUUGACGAAAGUGUUGAGGAAGAUACCGAAUCACCUUUUUCUUUAAGCCAGCUUUCGACCAUACACCUUGCUCCUCUUGUGGAUGGAAGUGUUAUUCAGGUGACACCAAAAUCGGUUCGGCAUAUCAUGGCCGAUGCGAGCGGCAUUAAAGAAUGGACCCCACGGUCUGGCACUUUCAUCUCAAAGGCCUCCAGCAGCUUCUCACAACUAAUUAUCUCUACUAACGAUUGCCAUUUAAUUCUUUUUUCGCUUGAUGCUCAAGGACGGCUUUCUGAAAAUACAUUUCACAAGCAGCUGGAAAAUCAGAUAGCUUCUAUUGCACUCCCAGGCCUGCCAUGGGGUUCUGCAAAUUCUUCAAUCUCUGAAAUCCCGAUUGUCGCUAUCUGUACGGAGGGAGAUCAAAUCAUUCGUCUAUUCUCGAUCGGACCAAAUGGGUUCGAUCUGCUUGCACUGCAGGCGCUUCAAUCUGGACUCCUUAAUAGCUUGGCAUUUUCGAGCGAAAAGGAUCCCACUGUAGGGGAAAAUGAAACGCUUUUUUUAUUUUCUGGCUUGAGUAACGGCAUUUUGGUAAGAUUUACCGUUGAGGGGAGCGUUCUUACCGGCUUUUCACUGUCUGACCCAAGAACAAGGUUCAUUGGCCCAAGUUCGCUCAACAUGGUCGUCACACCAUCACUUCAAGAUCCAUCAAAUGCAAAUACAUCCUCUCUUGUUGUAUUGUCAACCAAGCCAUGGAUCCAACUAAACAAUGACCUCAUGAACUCACCGCCCCAAUUGCUCCCUAUCAACUACAUUUGCGUUUCGUAUGCUGCUCUUUUUUCUUCAGAAGAUUUGCCUCCCGGAUUAUUGGGUGUUUCUGGAUCUACCCUUCGAAUAAUUUCUUUUGAUAGACCGAUCGGGGCAAAGGGACAUAAAAUCGUUCCUCCAAAAUUGCAGCCCUACUUAACCAUUAAGCUACCAUCGACUCCUCGCAGAUUGAUGAUACUUGAAACCAAUAUCCACCCACUUGUAUCUGUAUUUCCGAAUCCUUUGGCUAUGGUAAUUUGUAGCGAACCUUGUAACAUGAACGCUAUUUCUAUUUCUUCUACACCUACUAAUUGUAGUUUACCUAAUCAGUGGGCAUCGUUUGUUAAUCUUUACGAUCUCCUUAGUGGAGAAGAAAGGCUUUCUCUUCCACUUGCUUCGGAGGAAACUGCUCUCUGUGGGUCUCUCGUCAGCUUUCAUGGCUCUCAGCAGCUUUAUUAUGUUUUAGGCAUAGGGAUAAAUGUUUCUCAAAUGCCUCUUUCCUUUGAUUCCGCCUGGAUAUAUGUAUAUGAAUGGACUAUCAAAAGCGAUGGUGCUAUUACGUUGGAACUGCUCCAUAAGACCCAAGUCGAGGAGCUUCCAGCUAGCUUUUGUCCCUUUAGAGGCAGACUACUGGUUGGGCUGGGCCAAAUCCUUCGUCUUUAUGACCUUGGGAAGAAGAAAUUGCUUCGAAAAAGCGAAAAUAGAUCUUUUCCGUGCAGGAUUUAUUCCAUCUCUACGCCGGGAGCAUCCAGCUUUCACACAGUCACUUCAGACACGCUGUUGAAUACCAAUGCUACCAAGGUUGUCGUAAGCGAUGUCCAACACUCCCUGUUGAUUGCCGUAUACAAGCCCGAAGAUAAUUGCUUUUACAUUAUUGCCGAUGAUCCGAUCCCUCGCUGGCCAUCAUGUUCUCCUUUGCCCCUUGAUUAUGACACCACUGCAAUGGCGGACAAGUUUGGUGGGAUAUCCAUCCUUAGAUUGCCUUUGGCAAUUAGCGAGGCAAUUGAUUCCGAUCCCUCUGGUGCGCGUUUGAUAGAUAGGAGCCACCUUUUGGGUGCGCCAAAUAAGAUUGAAAAUAUCUGCCAUGCGCAUGUGGGGGAUACCAUUACCUCUUUGAACAAGGCCAUGCUUGUGUGGGGGAGUGGGCGCGAGGUGUUGUUAUAUACAACGCUUACAGGUUGCAUAGGCGCCAUGAUUCCGAUGCUUACGCGACAAGAUGUCAAUUUUUUUCAAAGGCUGGAGAUGCUAUUGAGGACCUCUGUCCCGCUUCUGAUUGGUAGGGACCACCUGUCGUUUAGAUCUGCAUUCUCUCCAACUAAACAUAUCAUUGAUGGCACUCUUCUUUCGCAUUUCCACUUUCUACCGCCCGAGAAAAAGGCAACCAUCGCUGCUGAUUUGGAGACCACUCCCAUAUUGAUAUCCAAACGGAUUGAAGAAAUCAGGCUUAUGUAUGCCCUCUAA